AUGUCGACCCUUCAUUUGCCUCUGGCCGGCGAGAUCAAGGCCACGGUGGACGGCGCGCCCACUUCGGGCCCGAAAGCGAGGGGGGCCCGGCGGACACUGAGGCAAUUCUCGCAGAGGUGCCCGCAGGUCGAUGCCAGCGAUGAGAACAACUUGCGCCUCGUGGUUGCGAUGAAAAGUCUGGGGGUGACUAACGUGAACCUGUCCACUUUCAAGGACUGGGCGAAAAAGGUGACUGGGUUCGUCACUGACGAACAGAUGGUGUACUUGCAGCCAAAAGCAGAUCUGACACCCACGCCUGCUCAGAGGAAGUGGCUCGUGCCGGAGUGGAAAGUGAAGGAGGCGGUGGACACUGAGACGUACUGGGCGUUCGAGGACGCCGGGCGACCUUUUGGGCAGCCUGCCCAUCCGGAGGCGCAUCGGCGUCACGGGGACCCGAGACAUGGGGGAGCAGGCGGGGCUGCUGGCGCUCGGGGGGGGCGCGGCCACGGCCUCCGGGAGCCGUUCCAGCGGAGCCGCAGCGCCGACCGUGGAGCCAGCCGAGCAGGAGGAGACGAG